AGAGGGAGACCGGCGGCGCUGCCAUGGCGCCGCUGCUUGAGCCGUGGCUUUCGUGCCCCGUCAAGCGCGUGCCGGAUGGAUGGGCCAGGUCACAGCCGCCUCGAUGGCCAUCUUUAAUACGCAUCCAAUUAGAUUUAAUGAUAGGGCGGCUGGCGCUGUCGGUCAAACACCCACGUCUCCUGCUCCCAUUAUUAAUCCUCUCUUCAUUUUCUCCGCUCCGCCGCCACAAUCUCGUUUCUCUCGGCGACCUCCGCCGCUCUUUAUAUUCCACCUCACCUCGUCUCCUUUCCUUCCACUGCAAUCCAAAUCUGUACCUAAUCGCUGCGAGAAUACGCCUCAUGGCUCCGAGGUCGAAGGAUGGCGACGUAGGUGGAGAUCAGGGGAGGGAAGUGCGGUUCCGGGGGGUGAGGAAGCGGCCGUGGGGGCGGUACGCGGCGGAGAUCCGUGACCCGGUGAAGAAGAGCCGCGUCUGGCUCGGCACCUUCGACGCCGCCGAGGAGGCGGCGCGCGCCUACGACGCCGCAGCGAUCCAGCUCCGUGGUCCCAAGGCCAAGACCAACUUCCCCCGCCUCCCGGUUUCCCUCGCCGCCGUCGACCCCUACAGCGCAGGAUCCUCCGCCCCUUCUCCACGCGCCGCAGCUGCUGCCCGCCCGGCGCCGGACCUCGAGCUCGGCCGCGCGUACGCCCGCCUCGCCCCGGCGCGGCCGCUCUCUUUCCUCGAGGCUGUUGUGAUGCCGGAGCGCGCAGCAGGGCGCAGCUCCGGCAGUUAUUUUGGGGCGGCGCCGCCUACUGACUUGCCUGGAAUCAAGGACGCAACGCUCUCGAGAAAUUAUCCAGCAUCGCUGACGCCAGCAAAAAAGCUUCCCUUUGACGUCGACCUCAACAUGCCGCCGGCGGCCGAGGUGGCGUGAAACAAACUCCCACUAAUGGCAUAUUUACCUCGCAAUCCUGGAUCGAUCCCACGGAAAUUUCCAUUAGGAUGAAUGAAAAGUGCUCGCGAUGGCCAUCUAGACAAGCGUUCUUGGGCUUGUCAUUCUAUUGCAGAAAAAUAUACGCCGCAGCUGAGAAUCAAUGUCUGAUUAACCAUGGGAGGAUCUUAACCGCACCGUAGCCUCGGCGCUUCUCUGGCUCCUUCUACCUUCAGGGCGUGUAAUAUACUCUCAAGUAUUAAAAUCAAUCAUAUAAUUUUAAUAUAUUUGUCAAAGAUUUAAAAUUAAA